AUUGCGGCUGUCUUGCCUGAUAAAACCGUACGUGAUGUUGCAUUGAGGUGCCGGUGGUUGCAAAGAAAGCGAAGGAAACCUGAAGAACUUAAUGCUGGAAAAAAGGUGAACAAUAGGAAGGUUGUGUGGUUCAGGAACAGGAAUCGGGGAAGAUGAUUGGCACUGCUAAAGUUGAUGAUGGCUUAUAUGUUUGGAACAAAAACAGUUCACAAGAAGGGAUGGCCUUAUCUACAUCAAAAGAAGAUUCUAUCAUGCUAUGGCACCGUAGACUAGGACACCCAAAUUUCAUGUACUUGAAGAAAUUGUUUCCUCUACUAUUUCUAAAUAAGAAAAUAAGUUCAUUGAAUUGUGAAGUUUGCCAACUGUCUAAACACACUCGUGUCCCUUAUCCUUUGAAACCUUAUGUUCAAUCUCAACCUUUCUCUUUAAUCCACAGUGGUCUAUGGGGAGCCAGUCGAGUAAAAAACAUCACAGGGGCUAGGUGGUUCAUAACUUUCAUUGAUGACCACACUAGAGUUUGUUGGAUCUAUCUCUUUAAAGAAAAAUCCGAAGUCUCUAGAGUCUUCAAAAAUUUUCAUUCAAUGAUUCGAACCCAGUUCAAUUCAAAUAUUCACACCCUUAGAAUUGAUAAUGGGAGAGAGUAUUUUAAUUCUAUCCUAAGUCCUUAUCUUUCUGAGCAAGGAAUCAUUCAUCAAAGUUCUUGUCCUGACACCCCUCAACAAAACGGGGUUUCCGAGAGGAAAAAUAGACACCUUGUAGCCGUGGCUCGUGCUCUUAUGUUUACUAUGGGUGUACCAAAGUAUUUAUGGGGAGAAGCUGUCCUCACUGCUUGUUAUCUUAUAAACCGACUCCCAUCUAAGGUAUUAAACUUUCAAACACUUUACAUACUCUUCAAAAAAAUUUUCCCUUGUUUCGUGUUCCUAAUCUCCCAACCAAAACAUUUGGUUGCAAAGCAUUUGUCCACAACCAUCAACCUAACCGAUCUAAACUUGAUCCUAGAGCCCACACUUGUGUCUUUAUUGGUUACUCACCUACACAAAAAGGGUACAAGUGCUACUCUCCAACCUUACACCGGAUGUUUGUGUCGCUUGAUGUUACUUUCUUCGAAAACGAGCCAUAUUUUUCAGCCUCUCAUCUUCAGGGGGAGAUACUUAGUGAAGAUGAGACCUUGAGCAAUCUUUUCAUUAUACCUCAAGACUCUAUCAGCCCUACCACCACUACAAAACCUGCUGAAAAUCCUACAGCCACUGUUUUUCCUGUUUUGGAACCUGUUUUUCCUGUUUUGGAACCUGUUUUUCCUAUCUCCACUGUUCAGCAACAAGAAACAAGGGUGAUUAACCAUACUAAUGAAGAAAAACAGCCCACUCAUUCUGAAAAACAACAAGAAAAAACUCAGGGGCUUCGUGUAUACUCUCGGAGACAUCAGCUGCCUGAAACAGAAACAGCAGUGCCAAUGCCAUCUUUACCCGAGGACUGUCUUGAGGAAGAAGUUUCACCUCCUUCAUCUUCCAUCUAUCUUCCAAUUGCAGUAAGAAAGGGCACUAGGAGCUGCACUCAACAUCCCAUUUCUCGGUUUGUAUCCUAUGGAAACUUGUCUAAAUCCUACAAUGCCUUUGUUUCUAAUGUUGACUCUAUAGAAACUCCAAAAAACAUAAAAGAGGCUCUUAAGUCAACCAAAUGGAGGCAAGCUGUGUUGGAAGAAAUAAAGGCUCUUGAAGACAAUGGAACUUGGGAAAUAUCUAAACUACCUACUGGGAAGAAGACCGUGGGUUGUAAGUGGAUUUUCACCACAAAAUUUAAACCAGAUGGGAGCAUUGAUCGAUACAAGGCUAGACUUGUGGCCAGGGGUUUCACUCAAACAUAUGGGUUGGACUAUGAGGAAACAUUUGCACCCGUGGCCAAAUUGAAUACUAUUCGAGUGCUUCUCUCAAUUGCUGUCAACUUAGAAUGGCCUUUGAUCCAAUUGGAUGUAAAGAACGCUUUUCUCAAUGGAGAAUUAAACGAAGAAGUCUACAUGGAUUUUCCGCCUGCAUUCGAAGGAAGCAAGGGCUAAGUAUGCAAGUUGAAGAAGUCCUUGUAUGGACUAAAGCAAUCCCCUAGGGCUUGGUUUAAUCGUUUUGCCAAGGCCAUGACUAGUAGACAUUAUACUCAAGGUCAAGGUGAUCACACCUUAUUCUACCAACACUCGUAUAAUGGGAAGUGUUGUAUUCUCAUUGUCUAUGUAGAUGACAUAAUAUUGACAGGGGAUGAUUCUAUUGAAAUUGAAAGACUAAAAGAGUUCUUAAGUCUUGAGUUUCAACUUAAAGAUUUGGGGAAUCUUCGAUAUUUUCUAGGAAUGGAGAUAGCAAGGUCAAAGGCAGGUAUUUCAAUCUCUCAAAGAAAGUAUGUUCUUGAUGUACUUUCUGAAGUCGGACUGUUGGGUUGCAAACCAGCCGAGACUCCUAUGGAACCAAACCUUAAAUUAGGAAUUGAUAAGUAUGGAGAAGAGGUAGACAGGGGGAGAUAUCAACGGUUAGUAGGAAAACUUAUCUAUCUUUCUCACACUCGUCCGGACAUAGCUUUUGGAGUAAGUGUUAUAAGUCAAUUUAUGCAUGCUCCUAGGGAGAAACAUUUGGAAGCUGCCUACAGGAUAUUGAGAUAUUUAAAAGGGACUCCUGGUAAGGGGUUGCAUUUCAAGAAAGAUGUAAAUCGAAGCAUAGAAGUCUACACUGAUGCAGACUGGGCAGGGGCAGUUAAUGACAGGCGCUCCACAAGCGGUUACUGCAGCUAUGUUUGGGGUAAUCUCGUGACAUGGAGGAGUAAAAAGCAAUCUGUUGUGGCACGCAGCAGUGCUGAAUCUGAAUAUCAAGCUUUGUCCCACGGUAUAUGUGAAGGAAUGUGAUUACAACGGCUAAUGGGAGAACUAAAAUUACCCUAUACAAAACCUAUAACAUUAUACUGUGACAACCAGGCAGCAGUUAGCAUAGCUCAUAACCCUGUACACCAUGACCGUACCAAGCAUGUGGAAAUUGAUCGCCACUUUAUUACGGAGAAAAUUAACAAAGGGGAAGUUUGUGUUUCAUAUCUACCUACAAGACAACAAGUAGCAGACGUGUUAACCAAAAGCUUGAGCAGAAAAAUGUUCGAAGAAAUUAUGGGCAAGCUGGGUUUGAUUAACAUCUACACUCCAGCUUGAGGGGGAGUGUUGGAAUUCCUUUAAUUAAGCAGAUUUUCUACCUUAGUUCUAGGAAUUUCCUUGUACUAUUAGCCAUAAUCAAAUUACUAAUUUUUAGGGAUAGGCUAAUUUUUAGAGAUUAUUUCCUUUUUUAUUUUUCCUGCUAUUCUUUAAAAGGCUAUAGUCAGAUUAGAAAAAAUAAGAAUAAUUCUUCUUCCUAAACUUGUUCAAUUAAUUAAAAUGCCUGCAUCUCACUUUACUAAAUUAUAUUCCUGUUUUAAUUUCCUGAAUUGACUAUUAUUUUUAGGAUGUAUCGUGAUUGAGGAAC